UAAAUAACAUUGAAGUUCUCUAUAGCGCGUGAGCGUUUGUAUGCCACCCACAACAACAUAUAUCAUUCUAUUUAUAUUAUCUAUAUAGAAUAGGUAUCUCAAACAGAAAUUCAACAAUAGAAAAAAAUUUAAUUUUCUUUAUAUUAUUAACUUGUAGUGUUUAAUGAAAUAAACAUAAUGUCUAAAUUCACAAAGGCAAAGUUAGUUCAUCUGACGAUAUAAUUUGUAUAUCUUCUAACUCCAUCGCUCGGGUAUAAGAAACACUUGUAUCUUAGGGCGUGGUAGAGUUGAAUGAAGGUUGUCAUCGGGUAAGCAAAAUCAAAAGCAUAAUGUGUAAUUGGGUAAGCUAAAUUUUAUUUAAUUGGAACCAAUCUUUUGAUCUUUUUAGAUAUAAGAAACUCACCAACAGAACCCACAACCACAGCUAGUAAUGUAUUCGAUGUAAAAAUAAAAUAUUCAUUUCCAUCUGGCAAGCAAAUGCUAAAAAGGUCGAACCACCAUACGUAGAUGUCAUUCCGGAGUUUUACAACGUAUAUAUCUACCUCUGGUUUGAGGCUUAGCCUAUAUGAACCUUUGCUUGCCAGAUGAUGAUGACUAUUUUAUUGGUGCAUGCAAAAGCUGAGACUGGGCGGUUUGCAAUGCAGAAGGUAUUCAUAUCGUGUUUUCAAAAAAAAAUUAUCUGUGUACACAACAUCUUUCACCAUAUUUUAUGUGAUCGUACUGCUUACACAAGAAACAUGAAAUAUCAUUUUAGUACUAUCUCAAAGUAUAUGAUCAUGUUAUAAUUAUUUUAUGAUUAUAACAUUGUUGUCAGAAGGGGAGAAUCUUUCCUCUUUCUGGUUGUUUGAAAAUAGCUCAUAUCACAAUUCAUGAUUCUCAAAGUAUCAUUAUAUUUUAUAUCAUAUGAAGCUCUCCAAUAUAUUCACAGAUGCAUACCAAUAGUUGGUUAGAACAAACAAAUGACAAAUCACAUUAACAAGGAUUAUAUAACAAAAAACAAAGAAAAAAUCCUAUGGUCACCCUAAGAUCUCUCUAAAACCUAAACAAUCUUUAGACAACACGAAGGCAAUCAAAAACAAGUUUUGCCAAUUGACAUAGUUGGGUUUUGUCUAUUCUUGGUGAGGUUUUGUUCCCUAUCUCUCUCUCUCUUCAUACAUUUUUUUUCUCUCUCUUUGUCUCCCAGAAAAGAAAAGAGAGAAAAAAUCAUUUUCUGCUCGAAAAAGAAGAAUUUUCUUGUUGAAGAAUCGAUCAAUAGCGUGUGUUAGCUGCAAUGCUAACUUGGGAGAGCCAGGUUAGGCUUGCAAGCAACACCGCCUUGACGAAGAAACUAGCCUUCAUCACAUUCUUCAUCAUUGGGUUAUGUCCAGCCAUAAUGGUCAUGUCUCAGGAGCACAAGGUUGUGCCAGGCUCAGACGCAGAUUCCCUCUUGAGAUUCAAAGACACUUUAGCGAAUGCUUCUGUCAUUAGCAGUUGGGAUCCUUCAACCGCGCCUUGUAAGCGAAAGUCAUCAAACUGGUUCGGUGUUCUCUGCUUUGCCGGACAUGUUUGGGGUCUACAACUUGAAGGAAUGGGUUUAACCGGGAAGCUAGACCUUGAACCAUUGACUCCUAUCAAGGACCUAAGAACCUUAAGCUUCAUGAACAACAAUUUCGACGGUGCAAUGCCAUCUGUCAAGAAACUCGUCUCGUUGAAGUCAUUGUACUUGUCUAACAACAGGUUUACAGGGGAGAUACCCGCGGACGCGUUUGAUGGUAUGCAUCAUUUGAAAAAGCUUUUGCUGGCGAACAACGCCUUUCGCGGGAACGUCCCUUCUUCUUUAGCUUCUUUGCCAUUGCUUUUAGAGGUGAGGCUGAAUGGGAACCAGUUCCAAGGGGCGAUACCUGAUUUUAAACAGAAAGAUCUUAAGUUAGCUAGCUUCGAGAACAAUGACCUCGAGGGACCUAUACCCGAAAGCCUACGUAACAUGGAUCCUGGCUCUUUUGCAGGGAACAAGGACUUGUGUGAUCCUCCACUAAGCUCAUGCUCAGGGGAUUCAUGGUUUUUUCUGGAUCCUCCUUCUACUUCCACGGAGAAGAAGAGCAAGAGCAACUCUUUCUACACAAUUGCAAUCGUUUUGAUUGUCAUUGGUGUAAUACUAGUGAUCAUCUCCUUUGUGGUUUGUGUCUUUCACACCAGAAAACAGAAGUGCUUGUCGGCUUAUCCAUCCGCGGGGCAAGACAGGACAUAUAAAUACAGUUAUGAUCAACCCGCGGACACGGAGAGAGCCGCGGAGUCUGUUACUAGCUACACUACUAAGAGAGUAACAGUACCGGACCAGGACAAGCUCUUGUUUCUGCAAGAAGACAUUCAGAGAUUCGACCUUCAAGAUCUUCUAAGAGCUUCUGCUGAAGUACUUGGGAGUGGAUGCUUUGGUGCUUCUUACAAAGCCGGGAUAAGUAGCGGCAAGACGCUGGUCGUGAAGAGGUAUAAACAUAUGAACAACGUGGGAAGAGAUGAGUUUCAUGAGCAUAUAAGAAGGUUAGGGAAGCUGAGUCAUCCGAAUCUGUUACCUCUUGUGGCUUACUAUUACCGUAGAGAAGAGAAGCUUUUGAUCGCUGAGUUCAUGCCUAACCGUAGCUUGGCAAGCCAUCUUCACGGGAACCAUUCUGUGGAUCAACCUGGAUUGGAUUGGCCGACAAGGCUAAAGAUUAUACAAGGAGUUGGUAAGGGUUUAGGUUACUUGUUCAAGGAGCUACCAACACUAACCAUCCCUCACGGUCAUCUCAAGUCAUCAAACGUUGUACUUGACAAAUCAUUUGAGCCUCUCUUAACAGACUACGCGCUAAGACCAGUGAUGAACUCAGAGCAAUCUCAUAACCUAAUGAUCGCUUAUAAAUCUCCAGAGUACAGCUUAAAGGGACAUAUAACCAAGAAGACCGACGUUUGGUGCCUCGGUGUCCUGAUCUUGGAGCUUAUAACCGGUAGGUUUCCUGAGAAUUAUCUAAGUAAAGGGUACGAUGCUAACAUGAGCCUUGUGACUUGGGUGAGUGACAUGGUGAAAGAGAAGAAAACGAGUGACGUGUUUGACAAGGAAAUGAUUGGGAAGAAGAACUGUAAAGCAGAGAUGCUGAGCCUGUUGAAAAUAGGGUUGAGCUGUUGCGAAGAAGAUGAAGAGAGGAGGAUGGAGAUGAGAGAUGCUGUGGAGAAGAUAGAGAGGUUAAGAGAGUCGGAUAUUGACUUGGAAGCUUCUACCAAUGUCUUUGCUUCUCGGUUGAUAGAAGAUGAUGACUUUGGUUUUGCGGUGAAUCGAUGAUGAGUAUGGUCAGUCUUAUCAAUGGAAAGAAGAGUUUGAAAAAAAAAACAAUUUGUUAUGUUGAUGUAAGAAAAACAAUUUGUUAACUUUUCCAGCUUUAUAAAAUCAGUCACUCUCUCGUUCGUGUAAAUUAGUUUGCAUAGUCUCAUUAAGUUUACUCAUUUCUCCAUAUGAUUAUUAUUAUAACAUUACAAUAGUGUAUCCUACACAUAAUACAUGAAUCUAUGCGUGAGAUUAGGACUUUUUUUUUCAAGAAGAAGCUACAAUAAUGAUCCAUUAUUGUUCUAAUUUGGAGGUAAUAGGAGUCCUUGAAAGUCCUAAUUUAGGAAUACCGCAGAUUUUAUAUUGAAGCCAUCCGAGAAAAGGCCAAGAUUCUUGGAGAGCAUGCUACUCUGUAAUUGAUGAAGUUCCAAAAGGGAAACGUGAAGAACAAGUAUGUGAAUUUAGGGUUAGUAUCUGUAACAGUGGAUAAAGAUAAAGGAAGCCAACAUGCUCUCAAAUGAGCAGGUCAUCAUAUUGUCUCCAAAGGACAAACUAUCAUCCUCCUCCAUGUUCUCCAAGAACAAACGAUAGUGCACCGUGAUCUGAAACCAGGAAACAUUUUGAUUGACCCGAACAAUCUAAGCAAAAUCGCCAAACAAGUCCCUGAAGCUGCAGAGGACGUCUACUCCUUUGGUAUCUUGCUUCUCGACCUGCUCACAUCGAAAAGACCUACUGGUUUUGCUUACAACGUUGAGCAAGCGGUGGAGCAAGGGACAUUCAAGGAUAUGUUAGACGACUCAGCAGUUCAUAACUGGCCAGUGGAGGAAGCUUUAACUUUGGCAAAAGGUUGCGCUUAAAUAUGCACAGCUGAGAAGGAAAGACUGAUCAGACCUAGGGAAAGUGGUUUUACCAGAGCUCAUUAGACUGAGAGCUCUUGCAGAUGCCAAUAUGGAGUGUAUAAUGUUCAACUAUAGCAGAGCCCCAUCACCAAAUCAUAGCUUUUUGUCUCUUUACCACCAGUUGAAAGUACUGAAAAAUGCUGAGUGUUUAAACAUUUUUGUUAUAUCCUCAUUUUAAAAUGAAAAUAUUUUUAAAGUAUUACAGGAUAAAAUGAGUUAGUGUAACGUCAGAUGGCUAGUAUACACAUUCAAGUACUUAGUUUUAUUGGACACGAAGAAGAACUUUGGUGCAUUAUAUAUACUUUCCAUAAAUUAACUUUUAAAACAUUAACAUAAAAUGAGCUAGUGUAAACUUGUUGUAUCUAUGCUAACUUUACUUUUGUUUUCGUUUUAGAUGAAAACGACGAGGGUUAUAAUCCUUGUAUGUUGAAGGAAAGAUGAACUGAGGCCAUUCUUUUUUUUUGGGUGUAAUGUAUUCAUAUUGUUUAUAUUCGUAAGCAAAAAAAACUAUAGGAAAGUAUAUGUUAGGUUUGGUAGUAAUACCUCUGCAACACGUAAACUCUGUUUUGAUAUAUACAAGACGAAAUCUGGAUCACACAAAUCCUAAUGCUAAUCCUAGUUAGCUUCUAAAUUAAGAGAUACUCGUAAUUAUACAUAUACUCUAAAGCUAUAAUGUAAAAUAUCAAAUCAAGAUUGGCACUCAGUGAUUUUAUAACAAAAAUAAAGUUUAAAUUAAUAUAACAGUAUUUAUAUCAUAACUAAGAACUUUAUUAUCAUUUUUUAUGAUUUUCCAUAAUAAAAAUACAAAUUAUAAGUUUUAAUCAUUUUAAAUUAUGUGGACACAAAUAAUAUAUAACCAAAUCAGUACGUAUGACAGAUCAACAAAAAAAUAACACCAAUCAAAAUUUGUCACAUUAGUAAAAACUCCACGU